UUAUACAUUAUAACCGGCCAGGGCAGAUCAUGGGAGGUACCGGGGUACUUAGUAUGCAACGUGGAAAUCUGGGGUAAAUUCUCUCAUGUUUAAUUGGCUAUCUGACACUCUCCCCUGUACCAUGCCCAGCUACUGUACCCAGGUACCUAUCCCAGCUUCUAAGAUCGUCAAACCACCAUCUGCGUCUUUGACAUUCAUUAACCUACCUUUGGAAUAUCGACGUCGACGACGACGACAAGCGCAUCUAUCAUCCGCACACCACGCGCAAACGAAAACAUAGCUAGAGAAUCACAAGAACAGACGACGGAAACACAUAUACCAUCAUGGCGCCAAUGCCAAACGUAGACCACAACCUCCUCGAGCAACAGCUCAAAGACACAAUCCAAUCCAUGCACAACAUAAUGGUCCAAAUAACCGCGUACGACAGCACCACGUCCUCGCCCUCGCCCUCGCGGCCCCCGACCUCGCGCGACGUCCUCGCGGCCGAGCUCACGGCGCUCUCGCGCUCUCUCCAGACCAUCUACCGCACGUCCACGACGCGGACCCUGCCCCAGGUGCCCCCCGAGCUCGUCCAGUACGUCGACAACGGGCGCAACCCGGACGUCUACACGCGCGAGUUCGUCGAGCUCGUGCGCCGCGGGAACCAGCUGAUGCGCGGCAAGCAGAGCGCCUUCGCCUCCUUCCGCGACGUCCUGGCCGGCGAGAUCGAGAACGCCAUGCCCGAGCUGCGCGACGACGCCGCGAGGGUCGUGGCUGCUACGCGCGGCGAUGGCGCUGUGGGAACGGCAACGGGAGCGGGAGGGAGUAUUAAUGCUGCUGGGGCUGGGAAUGCGUGAGGAAGGGGGCCAAGGACGGUGGGAUAAGGAUUGAUCGAGCUGGUAUUAUCUUCAGUUUGCUAUGUUGAUGACAUCUGGUCUCUUUGGAUGUUCGCGUACUACUCUGCUUUUUGGGAUGGGCGUUCUAUUCUGGGGGGUCGCUUCCCCUUUUGGGUUAUGGAGGUGAUUGUGUGUACCAAUUGCAUUUUCAGUAUGUGGGUUGGCAUGGCAUGGCAUGGUGUUCUGGCUCGUAUUUUAAGUCGCGAUAUAUUACAUGUUAGUUUGGAAAUUCCCAAAAAAAUAUAUGAAAUUCCUGAUCA